AUGCAAAAUAAAGACGACUUUGAUGAGUCCAAUACCACGGAGGAAAGACGAAAUGGUCAAAGAGAACACGGAGAUAUCGAAAAUCGUUAUCAGUUUGAGGAAAACAACGAUAAACCUUGCGAUCAAAUUGCAGUGAACCGGAGCAAAGACGACACUCCAUGCAAGACGAACCAACAUGACACAGUACUGAAACGUUUUAAAAAGAAAAUAUUGCGAAAAAGCAGGAGAAAUACAAGUGAAGAAGCUAGUAAAAUGGCUUCUAGACAAGAUAAUUCGAACGGUAGGCCUGAAAGCUUCGAGGAAGACGACUAUUUCGAAGGACAUAUAUACGAAGUUCCUUUUGCUAAUUCUAGUGCUCAAAACGUCAGCGGGGAAGCUACAAAUAUGGCAAACAAUCGGUUUGAGAACGGUGAACAUAGUAAAAAUCAUGGCCGUAUGUCGUUGAGAAACAGCUGGCAUAGUGAAGCGAAUGGAAGAGGGGAUAUUGGGUCACAAAAUGGUUCCGUUAAGUUUUGUGGGGGCGGUAAUGAUAGAAAUCUAGAAAAUACUAAUGGUUCAGUAAAUAGCAGGAAAGAGCGUUUCCAACAUGGCAAAUCUAUGUCCCUCCCUGCACCUUCACGGGGGUACGUCCCCUUACCUGGCCUAGCUGGGUGUAACCCUAGGUUACCAAGCGAUACGUCUAGCGAGGAUUCCAGCAACGAGGAGUGGGUACAACCGCCAUCGGGGGCAAAACCUGAUGUGAGAAGUUUGCGAUCACAGUCGUUGCCAUCACCAUCAAAGUUAAACCUCAAUUAUCAAUUUCUAAACGGACUUAACGACUUAUGUAAGUGCGGUUGGUACUGGGGUCCGUUAAGCAGUAAGGAGGCAGAAGUGAAGCUUCAUGGGAAACCCGAUGGUGCAUUCCUCGUUAGGGACAGUAACGAUAAUCGUUACCUCCUCAGCCUAAGUUUCCGUUCGGCACAAAAAACAUUGCAUACUAGAAUUGAAUUUUGCAAAGGGAAGUUUAGUUUUUACUCUGCACCAUUCAUCAGCGCUGGAAGUUUUUCAUCUGUCGUGGAACUGAUAGACAACUGUGUGGAAACAUCGAAAGAGCGUGUUUACUGUUAUACCAAAGGACGUGCUCUCAAUGGUGCAACAUUCCCAGUACGGCUUACGAAACCAAUUUCUCGGUUCGAGUACGUUUGUACAUUGCAGCAUCUUUGUCGUUUCAUUAUCCGUCAGCAUUUUACAUUGGAGAACAUUAGUGAUAUGCCUUUGCCCGGCAUAAUGAAAAGAUUCCUUGGGAAAAACCAUUUUGAUGCGAAACCGAGUGAAUAA